AUGCGAAGAUUUGAUCACUCCUCUCAAUACCCAUUUCGCCUCUCACUCCAAAUCCUCCGCCAUGGAACCACCACAACCACCACCACCAAAAUCCUACUGGCGAUUCAACAAACAAGACUUUUUCCCAGCACCCUCCUUCCAAAACCUCUCCACAACGAUGCUGGUCCAACUAUAGUUCUUUCUUAUGCCACUUCAGGCCUCUCUGCGUUGCUAUCAGUAUUCUGUUACACUGAAUUUGCUGUGGAAAUACCUGUGGCAGGUGGGUCUUUCUCAUUUCUUCGAAUCGAGUUGAGUGAUUUUCUUGCUUUUAUAGCUACGGGUAAUAUUUUACUAGAGGCCGUUGUUGGUGCUGCUGGGUUAGGGCAUUCAUGGUCUUCUUAUUUUGCUAGUAUGAUAAAAUCUGAUCCGGAUUUCCUUAGAAUUCGAGUGAACUCCUUUGCUGAAGGGUUUAAUUUAUUGGACCUAAUUGUGGUUGUGGUUUUAGCGAUUGAUAACACUAUAGCUAUGAGUGGGACACACAGGACAUCUUGCUUGAAUUGGGUUGCAUCUAUUUUCAGUGCUGGGGUCAUAGUUUUCAUUAUAAUUGUCGGAUUUAUGAUUGGUUGCUUAGCUUGA